AUGUCGGGAAGAUCUACAAAGAUCCCAGAUGGCAAGGUCGCGGAGAUCCAGCACGUGCCCAAGACAGAGGAGCGCGGUAUUGCCUUGCGCCAGCUGAAGGCGCUCCUCGCCUUUGUCCACGCCUCGGCCACCGAGGGCCAGCUACCUUGGAAGAGGCGCGAUGGGGCCUGGAUCCAACCGAGCAAGAUAAACCUCUACGACUGCACCGCGUGGGUCAUCAAGCCAGCGACCAGACAUGCUCAGUGCAGCUAUGUGGAGCUCGUCACCGAGGACCCGGUAAGCCAGAAGCCCAAGUGGUUCGUCAGCCACGCCUGGUCGGAGCCGGUCUCCACCUUUGCCCUCUGCUUGGAGCAACAUGGCCGGCUGCGCGACCUCGAGGACAAGGCAGGGGCCGGGAAAGCCCAUGAAUCAGAAGCUAAGACGAGACGCCAGCACCAGGGGUAUUAG